UGCUACGUUUUGUCGUGUGAUCGGGAGAAACGUUGCUUGGCUGUGCGGGAGAUGGACUGAGGGAGGGAGGGCGCUCUUUCCACCACUGCUGCCUAUAGCAUCGAAAUACCUACCAGCUAGGCUCCAAUUGACGAUUUCAGGUCCCUGAAUUCUCAAGGAAAAAAAGAAAAGAAAAAAAAGACAGUUCCGUCAUUAGUCUUUCACAUCCCACUCCAAACACACUAACACGGCAUUGAUGGUAAUGUAUGCGAGGAAACAACCGAGACUCGGCGAUGGGUGCGACCGAAGAGAUUCUCAGCCCUAUCAGACUCUCAAAUAUUCAUCCAAGAGCCAUCCAGGAGGGGAUCACCGACAUGAAAAGAUGCGAGACCACUCAGAUGUCACCCCUCCCUGCAAAAUGCUUCGGAGGUCUGACAGCCCAGAAAACAAACACAGUGACAGCACAGGCCACAGCAGAGCAAAGGCUGUCCAUGCACAGAGGGCCAGAGAUCGUGAUGGAGGGACCAGUUAUUCGCCACAUGAAAAUUCUCACAACCACAGCACCCUUCAAAGCUCCAACUCUCAUUCAAACCCCAGCAAAACCUCAGACACAACUCACGAACCAAGUGAUGACUGGUCAGAGCACAUCAGCUCAUCUGGGAAGAAAUACUAUUACAACUGCCGAACAGAGGUGUCCCAGUGGGAGAAACCCAAAGAAUGGCUGGAGAGAGAACAGCGGCAAAAAGAGGCAACAAAACAGACUGCAGUUGUCAACAGUUUCCCCAAGGACAGAGACUAUCGAAGGGAGGCUAUGCAGACAUCAGUGCCCCCUGGGUUUCCAGCAAAGUCAGCACAGUCGGAGAAGCCCGCGACGACUCAUGCGACGCAGUCAUCUUCUGGCUCGGGCAGCUUGAACCCCUCAUCAGGCACCCCGGGGACAUCAUCCUCUUCCACAGUCCCUGUCUCCCCAGUCCUGCAGUCCCCCGCACCUCCACUUCUCCAAGAUCCUAGUUUGUUACGUCAACUUCUCCCUGCACUUCAGACUGCCCUGCAGCUCAAUCAUGCCAGUGUGGACAUGGCAAAAAUCAACGAAGUACUAACAGCUGCCGUCACACAAGCUUCAUUACAGUCGAUGCUUCAUAAGAUCCUUACUGCUGGACCAUCCGCUUUCAAUAUUACUACUAUUCUGUCUCAAGCAGCUCAACUCUCCAGCCAUGCAGCUCAGCAGUCAAACCAGUCACCAAUGUCGUUAACGUCAGAUGCAUCAUCGCCCAGAUCCUAUGUUUCUCCCCGUAUCAGCACACCACAAACCAACGCUGGUCCCCUCAAACCCCUACUCAGCACACAGCCGGUCAUCUCACUAUCAAAGGUGAGCACACCAGCAGUCAAGCAGUCAUCUCAUCCUCAGCAGACAUCCCAGCAGCCCCUUCCCAGUGAUAAGCAGCACACUCAUGAUGCUACCACAGCAUCACCACGCACCCUCCAGCGCCAAGGCAGUCAGAGGAGUCCCUCUCCUGGUCCCAACCAUGUCGCACAUGGCAGCAGCAGCAAUGCCCCUACAUCUGUCUCUGCUACGCCCACCUCCUCGACAACCCGGCCGUCCUGCUCCUUCACACCCACCCUUGCUGCUCACUUCAACGAGAAUCUUAUCAAGCAUGUCCAAGGUUGGCCUGCUGAACACGCAGAGAAACAGAACCAGAGUGAGCUUCAGCUUGAGGUCACAAACUGAUGGCUUGAACAUUCUCCCUCGGGAUUUUCGGUUAAAGAGCAGAAUUCAUGGUUGCAUCAAUCACAGAAAGUUGUCCAACUCCUGAAGGACCAAAGCAGCCCAAGACCAUCACACUACUACCACCAUUUUUGACUGUUGGUAUGAUGUUCUUUUUCUGAAAUUCUGUGCUACAUUUACGCCAGAAGUAAUGAGACACAAACCUUCCAAAAAGCUCAUAUCCAUAUAAUAUUCUCCCUAAAGUCUUGGGAAUCAUUCAGACAAUUCUUUGCAAAAGUAAGACGAGCAUUUAUGUUCUUUUUGGUCAGCAGUGGUUUUCGCCUUGGAACUCUGUUGGAUGCCAUUUUGCCCAGUGUCUUCCUUAUUAUGGUGUCACAAACACCGACCUUAACUGAGGCAAGGGAGGCUUGUAUUUCUUUAGAAGUUCCUUUGUGGACUCUGGAUGAGUAAUUUCUAUUUUCUUGGGGUAAUGUUUAUUGGCUGGCCACUCCUGGGAAGGUUCACCAGUGUUCCAUAUUUUCUCCAUGUGAGAAUAAUUGCUCUCCCUAUGGUUCGCUGGAAUCCUAAAGCUUUAGAAAUGGUUUUUGUAACCCUUUCCAGACUGAUAGAUGUCAAUUACUUUAUUUCUCGACUUUUAUGGAAUUUCUUGGGAUCGUGUCAUUUUGUUUCAGCUUUUUUAGAUCUGUUGUCUGACUUGAUUCUUUUCGGGACAGAUUUAUUUCUUGAUUGAACAAGUCCAGAGGUAAUCAGGCUUGGGUGUGAUCAGUGAAAGUUAACCAAAAAAUAUGAUUAGCCACAAUUCAUGAUUUAACAAGGACGGUAAUUACUUUUUCACACAGGUAACUUUGUGGGUUUAUAUAUAUAUAGUUUUUUUCCUUAAAAAAAAAUUCAUUUUCAUUUAGCAUUUUAAGUUCACUUGGGUUAUAUUUGUCUAUUUACCUUUGUUUGUUGAUCUUAAACAUUAAAUUUGGAAAACUAUGCAAAAAUAUUAUAAUUUGAGAAGGGGGGCCAAUA